AUGGAUUCGGUCUCCCCAUCACUCGCAGAAAACGUGGGUGCCUUUGUUCGGGACUAUCCUGGCAUUACCUUAGUCACCAAAGUCGGAUUUUACAAGGAAGGUUUCAUAGAGCUCGGUAAUUGGCUUGCUGAUCACGCUCAACAUGUUCAUGAGCUUACCAACCAAUUGCAACGCCGCGUUGAGUUUGCCGUUUACAUGGAGAACAUCAGUGAAGAGUACUUAAGAAGCUUUGAACCUCCUUCUCCUCCUCCCCCUGUGCUUGAGCUUAGGAAGAGCUGCUCCAUUCUUGGUGAUCGUCUCGUGCUAGAUAUUAGACGAGACUACCGUGACAUGAGACGUCACCUUGUGAAGACAAUGAAAACCAUUCUCAAUGAAUUUUGUGAUCAGUUUGAAAGCAGGACCGAGAAAUUCGUCAAGAAAUGCUUUGACUAUUAUCACGAAGUGCCACGAGAUCAAAACGACGACCUCUUCAAAGUUGAGGGGAUGCACUUUUUGGCAAUCAAAACGGUGGUCAAGAAGCAGCUUACCGAGGUCAAGAUGCAGUUUCUCGGCUGUGUGGCCAAUGCUUUGCAUUACACUCUGAGCGACAAGAUAGACUAUCAUUUGUGUGGUGUACGCUAUCGCAGAGAAAUGACACAAGCUACGCAAAAGUUCUACGAAAGAAUUGAAGCAGCUAUGUCACGGGAGAAAAAGGCGUUCGAGGCCCGCUUUGACGUCGUGCUCAAAAGAGUUUACGGUGGACUCGAGUAUGCUGAUAACCCUCAUACCGGAUAA